UCCACCAAAUCAAUAUUAGUAAGCAAAAAAAUCGAACACUGGGUCAACUCCCCCCAUGUUUCAAACUUGACAACAAACAGAAAAGACAGCAAGUGCCACUUCGUCAAAUGCUUGAAUCAAAGUUCCUUAAAUCUCCUAUAAAUAGCCCCUCUUCUUACUCACUUCAAUAUCCUCAGCUUUCACUCAUUCCAAGUACUAACACUACAGCUGCAACUGCGAAUUAAGUUAAUUUAAUUAACUAACAAUGCCUUCUGCAGCUGUAACUAUGGUCUCCGAAUGCACAAUAUUUCCAUCCCAAAAAUCAUCUCUUCCUGAUCUUAAACUCUCUGUUUCCGAUCUACCAAUGCUGUCUGUUCACUACAUUCAGAAAGGUGCUCUCUUUACUGGUCCCCCUUUUCCUAUCACCCAACUCAUUUCCCUUCUCAAACUCACUCUUUCUCAAACCCUCACUCACUUCCCUCCCUUAGCCGGUCGAUUCGUGACAGACUCAGAUGGUUACGUCUACAUUUCUUGCAACGACGCUGGCGUUGAUUUUGUACAUGCGACUGCCACUCACAUUUACAUUCGCGACGUCAUAGGCUCCAUUGAUGUUCCUCAUCAUGUCAAAGAGUUCUUUCCGUUUAAUCAAAAAGUGAGCUAUCAAGGCCAUUUUAGCCCUCUUCUUGCCGUCCAAGUGACGGAAUUAGCUGACGGCGUCUUCAUUGGCUGCGCCGUCAACCAUUCCGUCACUGACGGGACUUCUUUUUGGAACUUCUUCAAUACAUUUGCUGAAGUGAGUAGAGGUGUGAAAAGGAUUUUAAGGCAGCCUGAUUUUACCCGUAAUUCAAUACUGAUCUCAAACGCUGUGCUAAAACUCCCUGCUGAUGGCCCGAAAGUUACUUUCAACAGCGACGCUCCAUUGAGGGAGAGGAUAUUUAGUUUCAAAAAGGAAUCAAUUCUAAGACUCAAAGCAAAGACGAACAACCAGAAAUUGAAUUUCGACGGAGAAAUUAGCAUUGUUGAAUUGAUGGCAAAACAGAGGAACGAUCCCCUGAAAUUUGAUAUGAAAGCAAAAACAGAGACGAUAGAUCCAACGGCUGAGAUUUCAUCAUUUCAAUCGCUUUGCGCUUUGCUCUGGCGUGCGGUGACACGGGCAAGGAAAUUCCCAUCUUCCAAAAUGACGACAUUUCGAAUGGCUGUAAAUUGCCGUCACCGUCUCCAACCGAAGCUAAAUCCGUUAUACUUUGGCAACGCAAUUCAGAGCAUUCCAACUUACGCGUCUGCAGGGGACGUUUUAUCUAAAGAUGUGCAUUGGUGCGCGGAGCAAUUGAACGAGAAUGUGAAGGCGCACGAUGAUGUUAUGGUGAGGAAGUUUGUAGAGGAUUGGGAGAAGGACCCACGGUGUUUUCCGUUGGGGAAUUUUGACGGAGCGAUGCUGACAAUGGGGAGCUCGCCGAGGUUUCCAAUGUAUGACAAUGAUUUCGGGUGGGGCAGACCAGUUGCAGUAAGGAGUGGGAGGGCGAAUAAGUUUGAUGGGAAGAUAUCAGCGUUUCCAGGGAGAGAAGGAGGAGGAAGCGUAGAUUUGGAGGUGGUUUUGUCACCUGAAACAAUGGAAGGUUUAGAGUCUGAUCCUGAAUUCAUGCAGUAUGUUACUGGGUAUUAAAUGUGGGGGUGAAAAAAGGAUGAGUACGUAUAAUGUACUCCUGUAUUAGCUGUUGUGGUUCGUGUUUUUCUUCUCUGCUUUGAGUGUUCUGAUUCAUUUUAUUUCAUUUAGUAUGUUCCACAGUAGUAUGAAAUUGUCAAAUUCUCUAGCUGAUUGAACGAA